AUGUCCAGGUUAUUCGGCUUCUUGAAUCUCUCACGAAGACUGUACGUAAUAACCUAUCCUAUUUAUAAUGAUGCAUGUUUAACGGUUGUCAACAUCAAGGUUAUGAAAGCACAAUACCUGUUAGACGGUACGAAAAUACCGUUUGAGCUGUCCAGUCCCAAUACGACACUACCUGAAAAUACCGAGCCAUUUGACACUGAAGCAUCAGAAGAUGAUUCGCCUUGGGAAAUAUCCGACGAUAGUAAUGACUCAGGCUGUGAGGCUGACAGUCCCCAAGACAUGCACCGGAACGACCACUCACAAAAUUACAAUCGCAAUAGCAACGAAAGAUCCACCACUGAAAUGGGUCAAGUGUUAAAGUCAACCAAGUUAAUCAUAGAGUGCUUGUACAAACUUCCUCUCCGAAAUCCUACGCCCAUCGAUAGAAUCAAAAGGUUUAGAGACCCUGAUACGUCACCUUAUGAAGCCUUUGACGUAAUGCACGUUCGAGAAAAGUUCCCUAACGCCGAUGCCUAUCUCGUUGAUAGGCUUGGUAAACUCAUAUCGCAUCGACGGCAACUACUUGAACAUCGAGUGACGCAGACGGAGGAAUUACGACUACCUACAUUCCCUAAAGGAACAUUUCAGUCACCUGCAGAAGGAGCGAGGAAUCUCCAGGAAUUGGAUCACGCGCCUGUUACGGAAUCCAAAUUAGCAACAGAAUCGGAAGAUACUGAGGAGCAUGAAUUGGAAGUCCCGACAAGGCCAGUUAAUGAGUCUGGAGAGCCGCUAGUACAGUUUUACUGCCCAUACUGUGGACUAGCUCAGUGUAUACCGCUAGAACCAUCACGGGAUUGGGAAUCACACGUACUUCGAGAUCUCCAACCUUAUGUCUGCACAUUCCAAGACUGCGAUAUGUUUGAUCAUAUGUUUGAAAGCAGACAAGCGUGGUUCACCCAUGAACUGGAGUUACACAGAGCUAACUGGAGCUGCAAUACAUGCCCAUCUGAGCCUGGUAUGGACAGUCCUCAUCUCACUUUCGGAAACAAAGGCGCUUUUAUGAGUCACAUGAGUUCGGUUCAUCAAUUGUCCAAGCCUAGGCUUAACAAUUUGACGGGAGCAUUUCGCCAUCCAAGCUCUAAGGUUGACAGGUAUUGUUGUCUGUGUGGGAAGCAUGUUCAGAAGCUCGAGUUGCACCUAGGGAGACAUAUGGAAGAUGUGGCUUUGUUUGCACUGCAACAACUAUCAUUGCCAGAUCCUAGUAAUCUUGGUAAUUCUACCAAAGCUGUUAUCGAUCAAUUCCACGGCAGCUCUAGGAAUCUCCCAUCGAAGUCGAACCCGGAAAAUCGUUCUGGUGCAGGUCACGCCACGGGCAACGACACGGCUGGCCAUGCGAAUGCUACCAGCUCCCCGUUUAUAGCGGUGGCGGCUUGGAGAUCUGGCGUAGUAAAGCCAAGGAAUCCGGACCCAUCGUCGGAUCGUGGCCUCACAGGCAUAGCCAAUGCCCGGAACAGCGACACCUUCCCUAACACGGUGUGGGAUAUGUUGCCCUCAGAUGCCUUGAGCAUUCUGGUACGCAAUGUAGAGUCCAUAAUGUCAGUAACUCGCACUGAACCUGCGCCAUCGGCGCCUACAUCUACUAUAUUGCCUUUAUCUCUCCUGGCACUGGAGAAAGCAGAAACCUAUCGAGAUUUCACAAUACCAGAGAGCAGCACCAAGGGACGCACUAUUCCGGGCCGUUUCAUUCAGGGAUCCUCCCGAGGCUUGAAAGACGAGGAUUAUGGAGAGUCUGUAUCACCGUCUUAUCCCGUAACAGAAAGAGUCCUGGGGACGGAGCCUACUGAUAGUAUUGCUUUACCAAAAUUACAACAACAACGGGCUAUGCUCCGCAAGUUCUACUCUAAGAACAUACCCCCUAUAACCAUCAAGAUUUAUCUGGAGCGCCUAUAUCAAUUCUGCCCCAUGAGUACAGCAGUUUAUCUCGCUACCUCCCUACGGCUGCGAAGGUUAGCUGUUGAACAACAAGUUGUUACCAUUAACGCUUUCACCGCUUACCGACUAGUACUGGCUGGGCUGCUGGUGCAAGCGAAAGCUUUAGAGGACGUGCAAUAUCCACACGCAAAACUAGCUAAAGUGGGAGGGAGUCAUUACGACAGUUUCAUGAACAAAACAAAAACACGUGUUGUCGAAGAUCUGGAUAAGGGAAAGGUGACACAAAGAGGGAUUGUCGAGGUGAAUUGA